AUGAAUUCCAGCACACUGAAAUACGUCGCCACGGCGCGAAUGCUCCAGGAGAUCUUCCCCACCGUCCCAGUAGAUGUCGUGGAUGAAUACGUACAAGAAUGCGACGGGAACGAGGACAAGGCAAUAAACAUGUUGAUAAACUAUACGGCCCCCUCGCCUCUGCGUCUGCCUACUCCUGAAAAGCUGUUUGUCAUUGUGCGAAAGCCGUCGCUAGGGUCCUUGGGAACGCCUAUAAACCCCAAGAAGAAGCGUAACCCCAAAUCAGCACCAGUGGAAAUUCCCAAGGGAGAGAUAAAACCGGUAUCUACCCACCAGGGAACUAAAAAGAGCUGGUACCAGAUGAAGGAAGAGGUGGAGCUUAUCAGCAGUUUGACCAAUUUCCCGGAAGGCACGGUGCGGAGUAUCCAUCAUGAAAAUGCGGGAAAAAUCCUCAAUACGAUUGUCGAACUUAUGGUAAAGAGACCCGGGGCCACAGUUAAGUACAGAGUGAAGAAACCAGAGACGGAUGCGGACGACCCCGCCUUCGACGUGGCGCAAAAAACGAAACUUCAGAUCCCAAGAGGGGGUAGAGUCCAGUAUGGCCGUGCUACCAAGGCGUCAACCGCAUCCAUCGCUCCCAGACACACACCCAUUACAAAGAAGCCAGAACCCGCGGCUGAACCGUACAAGUACGAUCCCCAGGGCGAGGAUGCACGCAUGCUCCGGGAAAUCGAACGCUCCAGCCCAAUCUUGUCCAAUUUACCGUCAGAGUUUUUCCUGAAUGCCAUGGAACAUUUCUCGGGAGAUGUAACAAAGGUCUGCGAAAUCUGCCAGUUUGUCAUCGAGCAUGGCAGGUCGAAAGAAGAGCUUCCGCGCAUUGGGUCGUUGAACCUCGCGAAUGGCAGCACUCAGACCAUGCCGUCAGGGUCCACGCUAGUCACACCAAAAUCGCAGGUGGAUAAGUGGCGCCAGGUCAGUGCACAACCUCCUAUAGUGGGUGAUACCAUGGGAAAGACCCCAGGGGAGCUCCUCGAGCAGUCCAAGUACUUGGCUCUCAGGGCAAGAGACUCGUCGUCCAAGUUGAUUAAGCAGCACUAUACCAGCAUGGCUGCGGACCAACGAGGACGAUACCAGUCUGCUGUUAAUGCAGAGCAACAGGAACGUCAAGACAAGACGCUCCAGAGCUUCCGCUUGGGCCACUUGGGGAAUAGGGUUGAUUUGCAUGGAUUCAACAUCGAUACAGCUAUCGCGACCGCCGAGGGCUGUUUGGAACAUUGGUGGAGCAGCGAGCGGGAGCAGCAGGAAAUUUCCGGCCGGUUCCGAGCCACAAAGGUGAUGAAGGCCGAGCACGUUGACCCGUUGGUGAUCAUCACCGGCAGAGGGAUCCACAGCAAGGGUGGUUAUUCGCGCGUGCGAAAGGAAGUGAAGCGGAUUUUGCAGGAGCGCGGGUUUGUGUUUGAGGAGUCGCUGUCCUCGUUUUCCGUUCAAGGGAAAAGAAAAUAA